UGAACAACGCACAACACUUACUUUUGGCAAGGCAUUACCGAAACUUGAAGUGUCACAGUCUUCUCUCACAAAUGGAAAUUCUCGUAGUGAUCGAAAUGCUCAGCGACGUUGUUUUGGUUAUGAAACAAUGACGGCUAUCGCUGCGGUUCCUAAAGAAGCUUCCUUGGAAGAUAAAGUAAGAAAUCAAGUAGAGUUUUAUUUUUCCGAUGCCAACCUUCCAAGAGACAAGUUUUUGCGCUCAAAAACUGGAGAGUCAGGAGAUGGCUACGUCUAUUUGGAUAUUAUUGCAAGCUUUAAACGUUUAAGAUCACUCACGACCGAUAUGUCAAUUAUAAGAGAAGCUCUUAAAAACUCAAAUCUUGUAGAGCUCAACGAGGAUGGAACCAAACUAAGACGGAAGUCUGCAUUGCCUUGCUCCAUUAGCAAUAAGCGCAAAACUAUUUAUGUCAAAGGUUUCCCUCAACAAAAGGAACCAGAACUUGAAAGUGUUGUGGAGUUGUUUGCUCCAUAUGGUGUUGUUUGCUCAGUUCGUUUUCGAAGAUAUCCCGACACUAAGAAAUUUAAAGGCUCUGCAUUUAUUGAGUUUGAGACUGAAGAAGCAGCCCAAAGAGCAGCUGAAGAAGAGUUUUUAAAGGAUAAGUCCGGUUCGGAACUGGCGAUUCUUAGCAAGGAUGAGUAUUUUAAGCGAAAAAAGCAAGAGCAACCUUCUAAAGCCAAUCAUUCGACUGAAGAAAGCAAGGCAGACUCGUCCGAGAACGAGAAUAAAACUUCUCAACCAGAAGAAUCUUCUUUUCAGCAAGGUCUCAUUCUUGGUCUGGAAAAUAUAGGAGAGAGCGUAACUCGAGAAGAAAUCAAACAAGUGUUUUCCUCUUUUGGUGAAAUUUCUUGGGUUGACUUUUCUCGUGGUCAAUCUACUGGUUAUAUUCGUUUUGCACAACCAAACAGUGCAAAAGAAGCUGUAAGUUGUUUACAAGAACGGCAACCGAACUUGAGAGAUAAAUUUCCAGUACUUUGGGUAUUAAAAGGGGAUGAAGAAAAGGACUAUUGGACUAAAGUGUGGCAACUUCAAAAGGAAAAAAAAGAAAAGUCUUUGAAGAGAAAAGGAGCAACUUUCUCCUUUAAGCAUCAUUCAAAGCGGAAGAAAUUUUAAAAUGAAUAAACCGUUACAAGAUUCCAAUUUUGGACAUUUUUGUUA